UGACGUCUCUUCACAGCAUGUCCGCCAGCCCGUGUGCGUCUUUCGUCGUGUUGAAGAGCCUCUUCAUGUCUGCACUGCUGUUGAUGUCUCGCUUCUAAAGUUAGCUUUUUUUUUUUUUUUUUUUUUUUUGCUGCCGCCUGCUUCCACACCGAAUGGAUUGCUCCGGUUGAGCCCCGCGUCUGCUGGGAUGCUGCGCUGGACGGUUUUUUUCGCCCACCCUCUCCUGCGUCUUGUCCGCAUGCUGGAAAGCGCCUGACCGGGCGAUGAAAAGUAGCCACUGAAAAAAACAACAAAUAAACAGUUUUAUUUUGGCGGGAAAGGACGAAGAAAGUUGAAGGAGGAGGAGGAUUAUGCAGUGAACGCUGCACAUACCUGGGAUAUAGGUGACUAACAGUGGAGAUUACCUCUAGCGAGGCCAACCAGAAGUUGUAUCUACCCAAUACCUGCAUCCACACACACUAGCAUGGAUCUGAAGGACCGAAGGCAACGCUCUAUGACCAGCUCCAAGGACUCCCCUUACAACACCUCAUCUCUGGAGGCAGAUGAAUGCCGCGUGCCGACCCAGAAGUCUUACAGUUCCAGUGAAACGCUCAAGGCUUUCGAGCACGAGCACAGGCUGCACUACAGCGGCUGUGUGACUGACCUUGUUCACCACGAGGCUGAUGAGUACUCAAGACAAGGACUCCUGGAGUUCUCUCCUGUCCUCCGGUACUUCAUCUCAGUGGGAGGGAGACAACCGAAGAAGAAGCAAACUGGGGGGAACUUUACCCUGGCCGAGCUGGGAGUGUGCGAGCAAACGCCCGUUCCACAUUCUGCCGCCGUCCCCUACUGUCCGGAACUCGGGCUCCUCCAGAGGGGCUAUUCCCUCAGUGCUGGCUCCGAUGCAGACUCUGACCCAGACGGCCCACUGUCCCCUGACAGAGCCAUCCAGCUUUGGGCCGGAGGAGGAAGAGUUAAGUCCCGACGCAGCUCAGGAGUGUCCAGUCAUGAGAACUCGGCCCUGACUCUCACCGACUCUGAGAAUGACAAUAAGUCUGAUGACGAAGCAGCUUAUCUAGAUGAGGAGGAGGAUGCGGAUCCAUUUGGAGACUAUGUGAUCAGUCGCCCACUGCCUCCAACCUCUUCCUCCUCCUUGCUCCCUCCGUCCCUUCCGUCCUCCUCGUCCGCCCCACACCACCCAUCCCCCGGCCCUUCUCCACCCAUCAGGGAGUGUCAGGUGCCCCUCCUGGAGAAAAAUUCAACCCAUUCUCACCUGGAGACCCACCCGGAAGACUCAUAUUUGCUGCGGGCUCAGACGUCUUCCACGGGGGUAGCAAACCACCACACCCAGUCCAAGCUACGGCCUCCACUGCCCCCACCGCACAACCAUCACACCUUGUCGCACCAGUCUGCAAACAGCCUGAACAGAAACACCCUGAGAGGGGGGCGGAACCCCAUUCACGCCCCCAGUACUGGCCCCGGCGAGGGACCCACCACACCAGAGUCUGUGCAGCUUCAAGACAGCUGGGUGCUCAACAGUAACGUCCCGCUAGAAACCAGGCACUUCUUAUUCAAGACAUCGUCUGGGACCACCCCUCUCUUCAGUAGCUCCUCUCCUGGCUACCCUCUCACCUCGGGAACAGUGUAUUCUCCGCCCCCUCGUUUGCUACCCAGAAACACCUUUUCCCGCUCAGCCUUCAAGCUAAAGAAGCCGUCUAAAUACUGCAGCUGGAAGUGUGCAGCUGUGACGGCCAUUGCUGCUGCUGCCCUACUGGCCAUCUUACUAUCCUACUUCAUCGCGAUCAACUUGCUGGGUUUGACGUGGCAGCUGAAGCCGUCCGAUGGCCCCGUGUUAAACAACGGACUGGGGACAGGCCUGCCUGUUAACAGCGAUGUGGCCACACUGCCUUCUGGAGGCAGAGUUUCUUUCCCCCUCGCACCAGGACCAUGGGCGGGACGGAACAGCAGCAUAGACACAGGCAACAUUGAUGUGGGGAGGCGAGUCACCCAAGAAGUCCCACCUGGAGUGUUUUGGAGGUCCCUGCUUUACCUCAGCCAAGCCCAGUUCCUCAAGUUCAACAUAUCCUUGGGCAAGGAUGCCUUGUUUGGCGUGUACAUCCGCAAGGGCCUGCCACCCUCCCAUGCACAGUACGACUACAUGGAGCGCUUGGAUGGGAAGGAGAAAUGGAGCGUGGUGGAAUCUCCCAGAGAAAGGAGGAGCAUCCAAACUGUGGUCCUCAAUGAGGCUGUUUUUGUUCAGUACCUGGAUGCUGGAGCCUGGCAUUUGGCUUUCUACAACGAUGGUCGCGAGAGGGAAACAGUUUCCUUUAGUACCAACAUUAUGGAUUCAGUGCAAGAGUGCCCGCGCAAUUGCCAUGGUAACGGAGAGUGCAAUUCUGGUGUGUGCCACUGCUUCCCCGGAUUCCACGGCAUGGACUGCUCCAAAGCGGCAUGCCCAGUGCUGUGCAGCGGCAACGGCCAAUACGACAAGGGCUCCUGUGUGUGUUACAGCGGUUGGAAAGGACCCGAGUGCGACGUCCCCGUCACACAGUGCAUUGACCCUCUUUGCAGCGGCCACGGCACCUGCACCAAUGGCAACUGUGUGUGCUCCAUCGGCUACAAAGGGCAGAACUGUGCAGAAGUGGAUUGCCUGGACCCAACAUGUUCCAACAAUGGCAUUUGUGUGAACGGGGAGUGCCACUGUAAGCCAGGAUGGGGAGGACUCCACUGUGAGCUGCCCCGGGCUCAGUGUCCGGACCAGUGCCACGGCCACGGUGCUUUCAUUCCAGACACUGGACUGUGCAGCUGUGACCCCAACUGGAUGGGCCCUGACUGCUCUAUGGAGGUGUGUUCUGUGGACUGCGGGACACACGGAGUGUGUAUGGGUGGAACUUGUCGCUGCGAGGAGGGCUGGACGGGUGCAGGCUGUGACCAGCGUGUGUGCAACCCGCUCUGCAUCAAACAUGGAACCUGCAAGGAUGGCAAGUGUCAGUGUCACCAGGGCUGGAAUGGAGAGCACUGCACUAUUGACCAUGGGAGUAUGGUUGACAAAGCAGAUGGCUGUCCUAACCUAUGUAAUGGGAAUGGCCAGUGCACCAUGGCACAGCAGAGCUGGCAUUGUGAAUGUCAGACUGGUUGGAGGGGUCCUGGGUGCAGUGUUGCUAUGGAGACCUCCUGCGCUGACAACAAGGACAAUGAAGGAGACGGACUAACCGACUGCAUGGACCCUGACUGCUGCAUCCAAAGUCCCUGUCAGAACAGCCCGCUGUGUCGAGGCUCCAGGGACCCCCUGCAGGUCAUACAACAGAUCCCUUUGUCCCAGACCCGCGUCCACUCCUUCUACGACCGCGUUAAGAUGCUGGUGUCACGGGAUGGCACCCACGUGAUCCCCGGGGAAAACCCAUUCAACUCCAGUUUGGCAUCCCUUAUCCGGGGUCAGGUGUUGACGACAGAUGGAACUCCUCUGGUGGGGGUGAAUGUGUCUUUUGUCAACUAUCCCCACUACGGAUACACGCUGACUCGUCAGGAUGGAAUGUUUGACCUGAUAGCUAAUGGUGGCGCAUCAUUGACUCUGCGAUUCCAACGUGCCCCCUUCCUGAGCCAGGAGCGCACCGUGUGGCUGCCAUGGAGCCAGUUUUAUGCUAUGGACACUGUGGUGCUUAAGACAGAAGAGAACACAAUCCCUGGCUGUGACCUGAGUGGCUUCGUCAGGCCUGAUCCUCUUGUGAUUGCAUCCCCUCUCUCCUCCUUCUUCAGCUCCAAGCCAGGGGAGAAACCCAUCAUACCGGAGACUCAGGUGUUGCAUGAACAGAUCGAGGUACCCGGCACAAGCCUGAAGCUGUGCUACCUGAGUUCCAGGACGCAUGGUUACCGCUCUUUGCUCAAGGUGACCAUGACUCCUGCCGUGGUUUCCAUGGGUCUGCUGAAGGUUCACCUGAUGGUCGCAGUGGAAGGCCACCUCUUUCAGAAGUGGUUUCACGCAUCGCCCAAUUUAGCCUACACUUACAUCUGGGAUAAGACAGAUGCGUAUGGGCAGAGGGUCUACGGGCUGUCACAGGCUGUUGUGUCGGUGGGCUAUGAGUACGAGUCGUGUGCCAGUCUCAUUCUGUGGGAGAAGAGGACCGCCAUCCUCCAAGGAUACGAACUGGAUUCCUCCAGUCUGGGUGGCUGGUCGCUGGACAAGCACCAUAUACUCAAUACACGCAGUGGCAUUCUUCAUAAGGGAAGCGGAGAAAACGUCUUUGUGACGGAGCAGCCUCCGGUCAUCACGAGCGUCAUGGGUAAUGGCCGCAGACGCAGUAUCUCCUGCCCCAGUUGCAAUGGCCUUGCCGACGGCAAUAAGCUGCUGGCACCAGUUGCCCUGGCGAUGGGCAUCGACGGCAGCCUUUACGUAGGGGACCUCAACUUUGUACGCAGGGUUUUCCCAUCCCUGAACACCACCGGCAUCCUGGAACUGAGGAACAAAGAUUUCAGACACAGCAAUAAUCCAACCCAUAAGUAUUUCCUGGCAAUAGAUCCAUUAUCUGGGGCUUUGUUCAUCUCCGACACCAACUCCCGACGAAUUUACCGUGUUCGUUCAUUAACGGGUGGUCGCCUGUUGUCUGACAACGCCGAGGUGGUGGCUGGGACUGGAGAGCAGUGCCUGCCCUUUGAUGAACGCUGCGGCGACGGCGGCAAAGCCACUGAAGCUACACUUAUGAGCCCGAAAGGUAUCGCCGUGGAUAAAAAUGGCCUGAUGUAUUUUGUGGACGCCACUAUGAUCCGUAAGGUGGACCAAAACGGCAUCAUCUCCACUCUGCUGGGGGCCAACGAUCUGACCGCCGUACGACCACUGAGCUGUGACACCAGCAUGGACGUGAGCCAGGUACGUCUGGAGUGGCCUACAGACUUAGCUGUAAACCCCAUGGACAACUCUCUCUACGUCCUAGAGAACAAUGUCAUUCUGCGCAUUACUGAGAACCACCAGGUGAGCAUCAUAGCAGGCCGGCCUAUGCACUGCCAGGUGCCAGGUAUCGACUACAGCCUCAGCAAGCUGGCCAUCCACGCUGCCCUUGAGAGCGCCACAGCCAUCGCUCUGUCCCACACCGGCAUUCUGUACAUCGCUGAGACCGAUGAGAAAAAGAUUAACCGUGUCAGACAGGUGAGCACCAAUGGAGAAAUCUCCCUCCUGGCCGGAGCCGCUUCCGACUGCGACUGCAAGAACGACGUCAACUGCAACUGCUUCUACGGCGACGACGGCUACGCCCCGGAUGCCGGCUUGAACUCUCCCACCUCCUUGGCUGUGUCCCCCGAUGGAACGCUCUUCAUCGCCGAUCUCAACAACAUACGCAUCAGAGGCGUGCGAGCGAACCGGCCCGGACCUGCGAUCUCUAGUCCGGGCUACAGUGGAUCUGGGGGCCCGCAAUAUGAGGUGGCGUCUCCUCGGGAACAGGAGCUGUAUGUCUUUAAUGCGGAGGGGCUUCACAUCCAAACCAUUAGCCUUGUGACCGGAGAGCCACUUUAUAACUUCACCUACAGUGCAGAUGGCGAGUUGACCAGCCUGAUGGACAAUUGCAAUAAUUCCGUUAAAGUGAGGAGGGAAGGUCUGGGUCAGGGAGGAGGAGCAGGCCUGCUCCGACUGGUUCUCCUGCCAGAGAAUCAAGUGGUGACGUUGGGGCUGGAUCCCAGCGGAGGGCUGCGCAGUGUGUCAGCCAUGGGCCAAGAGGUGGCUCUGAUGGGCUACAGCGGCAGCACAGGCCUGCUCGCUACAAAAGCUGAUGAGACCGGCUGGACCACCUUUUACCAGUAUGACAGCGAGGGUCGCCUGACCAACGUGACGUACCCCACGGGCAUGGUAACAAGUCUCCAUCGUGAGAUCGAGCGUUCCAUCACCAUCGACAUCGAGAGCUCCAGCAGAGAUGACGACGUGACUGUCGUCACUAACCUGUCUUCUGUAGAAGCCUCGUACACGGUGGUGCAAGACCAGGUAAGGAACAACUACCAGCUGUGCAACAAUGGCACCCUGAGAGUGAUGUAUGCCAAUGGAAUGGGCAUAAGCUUCCACACAGAGCCUCAUAUCCUCGCAGGGUCUGUCAGUCCGACAAUUGGUCGCAGGAAUAUAACGCUUCCUACAGACAAUGGCCUCAACUCCAUUGAAUGGCGUCUACGUAAAGAGCAGACCAAGGGAAAGAUAACCGUCUUUGGCAGGAAGCUGAGGGCACAUGGCCGCAACCUCCUCUCCAUCGAUUUUGACCGCAACACGCGCACAGAGAAGAUUUACGAUGAUCACCGGAAGUUUACACUGCGCAUCAUGUACGAUGCCCAGGGCCGGCCAGCUAUGUGGUUGCCCAGCAGCAGCCUGGCAGUGGUCAAUGUGUCCUAUUCAUCCACUGGGCAGCUUGUCGGCCUGCAGAGGGGGAGCAUGAGCGAGAGGACCGAGUUCGAUCCCCAUGGACGCAUCCUGUCUCGUACUUUUGUGGACGGGAAGGUGUGGAGUUACAGUUAUCUUGAUAAAUCCAUGGUGUUGUUGCUGCAGAGCCAAAAGCAGUAUAUCUUUGAGUUUGAUACCUCAAACCGGGUGACGGCUGUCACCAUGCCGAGCGUGGCCCGCCACACCAUGUUCACACACGUGUCCAUUGGAUACAUCCGUAACACUUACAAUCCCCCAGAAAGCAACGCCUCCAUCAUUCACGACUUCAGCGAAGACGGCAGGCCUCAGGCCACACAUUACCUAGGAACCGGCCGGCGUGUCCUCUACAAGUACGGCAAGCUGGCCAAGCUGUCGGAGAUUGUGUAUGACAGCACCGCGGUCACUUUUGGCUACGACGAGACAGCCGGCGUGCUGAAGAUGGUCAAUCUGCAGAGCGGUGGCUUCUCAUGCACCAUCCGCUAUCGCAAAAUGGGCCCGCUCAUCGACAAGCAAAUCUAUCGCUUCAGCGAGGAGGGGAUGGUCAACGCAAGGUUUGACUACACCUACCACGACAACAGUUUCCGAAUCGCCAGCAUGAAACCAGUCAUCAGUGAAACCCCUCUACCCGUCGACCUCUACAGAUAUGAUGAAAUCUCUGGAAAGGUGGAGCACUUUGGAAAGUUUGGGGUCAUUUACUACGACAUCAAUCAAAUCAUCACCACGGCUGUGAUGACGCUGAGUAAGCAUUUCGACACCCACGGUCGCAUCAAGGAGGUCCAGUACGAGAUCUUCCGUUCCCUCAUGUACUGGAUGACAGUGCAGUACGACAGCAUGGGACGGGUGGUGAAAAGGGAGCUCAAGAUCGGGCCCUACGCCAACACCACUCAGUAUCGCUAUGAUUACGACGGAGACGGACAGCUCACCGGGGUCAAGGUGAACGACUGGUCAACAUGGCGUUACAGCUACGACCUGAACGGUAACCUUCAUCUGCUGAACCCCGGGAACAGCGCUCGCAUCAUGCCGCUACGCUAUGACCUCCGUGAUCGCAUCACACGACUGGGCGAUGUCCAGUACCGCCUGGAUGAAGACGGUUACCUCAGCCAGCGGGGGUCUGACAUGUUUGACUACAACUCAAAGGGUCAGCUGCUGAGGGCCUACAAUCGGGGACCUGGCGGCUGGAGCGUGGUGUAUCACUACGACGGGCUAGGCCGCAGAGUCUCGACAAGGAACAGCCUCGGACAGCACCUUCAGUUCUUUUAUGCUGAUCUCAACCAUCCAACGAGGGUGACCCACAUCUUCAACCACUCCAGCUCCGAAAUAUCCUCGCUCUACUAUGACCUGCAGGGUCAUGUGUUUGCCAUGGAGGUAAGCAGUGGUGAGGAAUACUACAUAGCAUCUGAUAACACCGGAACACCCUUAGCUGUUUUUAGCAGCAAUGGACAGAUGAUCAAACAGUUGCAGUACACAGCUUAUGGGGAGAUUUAUCUGGACUCCAAUCCAGAAUUCCAGCUCGUGGUUGGAUUUCAUGGUGGUCUUUAUGACUCACUGACCAAGCUGGUCCACUUCACCCAGCGUGACUAUGACGUCUUGGCGGGGCGCUGGACCUCACCGGACUACAGCAUCUGGCCCAAGAUUGGGAAGGAUCCGUCUCCGUUUAAUUUGUACAUGUUUAAGAACAACAAUCCCCUCAGUGACAUGUUGGAUGUCAAAAAUUAUGUCACAGAUGUGAAGAGUUGGUUGGUGAUGUUUGGCUUCCAGCUGAGUAACAUAAUCCCAGGAUUCCCCCGACACUCACUCUACUUUGUGGAGCCGCCGUAUGAGCUGCAGGCUACUCAGCACUGUGAAAAUGGACAGCUCAUCACCGGAGUGCAGCAGGCAGCGGAGCGUCACAACCAGGCGUUCAUGGCUUUGGAGGGUCGCCUUCUCAACAAGGAACGGCGCAGACGCAAGGACAAGCCAGGCCACUGGUUCGGCACCAGCACCCCUAUCGUCGGCCGCGGGGUGAUGCUGGCGCUGAAGGAGGGCAGAGUGGUGGCCGGCGUGUCGUCUUUGGCCGGCGACGACAGCCGCAAAGUGGCUCUGGUGCUGGACGGCGCUCAGUACCUGGAAGGCACGCACUACACGCAGGAGGGGAAGGACUGCCACUACCUGGUGAAAGUCGGCUCGGCCGACAGCGACCUCCUGGCCUUGGGGCUGACAAACGGCCGCAAGUCGCUGGAGAGCGGCAUCAACGUGACAGUGAGCGGGCGCUCCAGGAGGGGCGUGACCGUGGAGUUCGCCGUGCCGUCGUUGGUGCUGAGCGUUCGUUACGGGCUCUCUGCGGACGUGGUGGACGAGGAGAAGGUAAGACUGUUGGAGCUGGCUCGACAGAGGGCCUUGGCGGGGGCCUGGUCCAAGGAACAGCAGAAGGCCAGAGACGGGAAAGGAGGCAGUCGCCUCUGGACUGAAGGAGAGCGACAACAGCUCCUCACGGCGGGCCGGGUACAAGGCUACGACGGCUACUAUGUACUACCUGCGGAGCAGUACCCAGAACUGGCCGACAGCAGCAACAACAUCCAGUUCCUCCGACAGAACGAGAUGGGCAGGAGGUAACAGCCCACCUCGCGUCAGUCCUGCUCAUCCUAACCCUUUCUUUCAUUCCCGGCCACCAGACGGGGUUACUCAUGGAACGCUGCAGGAAAGCCUCGCAAAACUAUUAUUAAUCGUACUGCCACAGGCAAAAAAAAAAACAACAAAAAAAACAAGUCAAGUUUCUUUAAAAAAAAAAAAAAACA